GAAUGCUCCCGUCCACAAUAAAGGAGGUGUUAGACAUGCACGUUAUACAGUUUAAGGAAGGAGCACAUCUUAACUAGAGAAGUCAUGUCCACUGAUCUUUUAGUUAGGGCAACAGCAAGCAAAACGUGGAAGAAAGUGUUUCUUCCCUCUGGACUGUGUAGUAAGGACAGGGGCCGUCUCCCGAGUGUGAGUCCCCACCCUUAGGGCUCAUUCACCACAAGAUUAUUGUGGUGGUGAUUCCUACAUUAGGAAGUGGGGUCAAUGAAAUAACUCGUGAGAGUAUUUCUGGUCCUUAGGGCUUGACACAAAAGAUGAGGGACAUCUGCUUUGGAUAUCAGAGAUGGAGGUCUCUGAGCAACGAGGUGGGUUCAGGAGCUCUCUGAAGGGACCUCUUUUUGACACCUGUUCUUUAACUCAACAGAUAUUUUCUAGCACCUAGUAUGUGCCAGGUGGUGUGCUAGGUAUUGAGGGUGCAGUGAUGCAAAAGGUACAGGAAAAUUCCAGGCAGAGGGUAAGGAGAUAUUCCGGCCUGGCAUCCACCAAGGCCCCCUUCCAACCUUGUGGAGCUUUGCUAGAAGUCAGCAAACAAACAAACAGACAAAACAAAACAAAAAAAAGUCAGCAAACAAGCCUUGGCUGGCUUUUUCCAUGGCAUGGAACUCAGUGGGAUGUCAAAGCCUGGAAUUCUUGUCCCAGGUCAAGGCUAAUGGUAUGUCUUGGUCAGAAUAACCACAUAAGUGAACAGUGGCCUCUAGUUUAUUGGGCCAGCAUAAGACCAUUUGUCCAGAAAAUGAGAGAAGCCUAAUCAGGAGCCCCCCUCCCCUGAACUGCCUCUGGGAUCGAGGUCCCAGAGAGCUGCAAAUGCCACAGAAGAGGAGCCAGAAUUAAUGGGCCUGUCCUCACUGGAGAUGCUGCAGGGCCAGAGUGGUGUCCCCCCGAGUAGAGAAGUGUUAGGGAUUUUAUCCAGAAGAGUAGCUCGGGGAGAUGUGGCGGUUCUCCUCCAGUGGCAGAGGAAAGCCAGACUGAGGCAGAAGGAGCAGAUGCAUCUGUGGGCCCCUGAGGCAGAGCGGUGGUCGGGGGACAGAAGAUGGGCUUUGGCUUCAUACAGGGUCUCCAGGAUGAGUGUCAGUACCUCCUUCAGCCGCAGCUGAUUGUCCGGCGUUUGUUGGACGUGGCUGUGCUGGUGCCUGGGCGACCCUCCGAGCAGACCCUCUCCCUCCACAAUCGCUCAGCCCUGUACAAGGUCUUUGUGCCCAGCUUCACUUACAGGGUUUCAGCGCAGCUGGUGUGCGUGGGGGGCCGCGGGGCAUCUGCCUGCCCCCUGACGCUGCGCCUGCGUCCCAAGGCCCCACCCCUGCACAACUCAAGCUCUGUGGCCUGUGGAGGUGCCUCGGUAUGCCAGCUGGAGCUGGCACUACCCCCAUGGGGGCACUGGGUCUACGUGCGUGUGGAGACACCAUCCCGGGGCCCUGGCAGGACCGUCUGCUUCCAGCUGUGCGUACGGUUGCAAGAGUGCCCACAGCCCAGCCUGUCCCGUGCCCUGGUCCCCGGAGCUGCCAUGAACAUGCCCCAGUCACUGGGCAACCAGCCACUGCCCCCAGAGCCGUCAUCCCUCGGGGCCCCUGCCGAGGGGCCCGGGGCCACAUCCCCACCUGAGCACUGCUGGCCAGUGCGCCCGACGCUGCGCAAUGAGCUGGACACCUUCUCCGUCCACUUCUACGUCUUCUUUGGCCCCAGCGUGGCCCUCCCCCCUGAACGCCCAGCCGUGUUUGCCCUGAGGCUUCUGCCAGUGCUGGACAGCGGAGGUGUCCUCAGCCUGGAGCUCCAGCUCAACGUGAGCUCCCUGCGCCAGGAAAAUGUGACCGUGUUCGGAUGCCUGACUCACGAGGUGCCCUUGAGCCUGGGGGAUGCAGCAAUGACUUGUUCCAAAGAGUCCCUGGCCGGCUUCCUCCUCACGGUCAGUGCCACCUCCCGAGUGGCCAGGCUGCGAAUCCCAUUCCCGCAGACGGGGACCUGGUUCCUAACCCUGCGCUCCCUGUGCGGGGUGGGGCCUCGGUUCGUGCGGUGCCGGAACGCGACGGCCGAGGUGCGGCUGCGCACUUUCUUGUCCCCGUGCGUGGACGACUGCGGGCCCUACGGCCAGUGCAAGCUGCUGCGCACGCACAACUAUCUGUACGCGGCCUGCGAGUGCAAGGCCGGAUGGCGGGGCUGGGGCUGCACCGACAGUGCGGAUGCGCUCACCUACGGAUUCCAGCUUCUGUCCACACUACUGCUCUGCCUGAGCAACCUCAUGUUUUUGCCCCCCGUGGUCCUGGCCAUUCGGAGUCGAUAUGUGCUGGAAGCGGCUGUCUACACCUUCACCAUGUUCUUCUCCACGUUCUACCAUGCCUGUGACCAGCCAGGCAUUGUGGUUUUCUGCAUCAUGGACUACGACGUGCUGCAGUUCUGUGACUUCCUGGGCUCUUUAAUGUCCGUGUGGGUCACUGUCAUUGCCAUGGCUCGCUUACAGCCUGUGGUCAAGCAGGUGCUGUACUUGCUGGGGGCUAUGCUGCUGUCCAUGGCUCUGCAGCUUGACCGGCAUGGACUCUGGAACCUGCUUGGACCCAGUCUCUUUGCCCUGGGGAUCUUGGCCACAGCCUGGUACGCAGCGUCCGCCGCCGGCACUGCUACCCGCCCACGUGGCGCCGCUGGCUUUUCUACCUGUGCCCAGGCAGCCUUAUCGCGGGCAGUGCCAUCCUGCUCUAUGCUUUUGUGGAGACCCGAGACAACUACUUCUACAUUCACAGCAUUUGGCAUAUGCUCAUCGCUGGCAGUGUGGGCUUCUUGCUGCCCCCUCGUGCCAAGACUGACCGCCAGGUCCCGUCUGGAGCCCGGACCCGGGGCUGCGGUUACCAGCUGUGCAUCAAUGAGCAGGAGGAGCUGGGCCUUGUGGGCCCGGGAGGGGCCACUGUCAGCAGCAUCUGCGCCAGCUGAGAGGGGCUUUGGGCUGCCCUUGGGGAACGUGAACUCUUCCUCGGGGCAGAGAGCCCUUCCUUGGGUUCUUCCUGGGAGCAUGGAGUCCUCCCAGGGAUAAGAGACAAGUUGUAUUUCUUGAGGACAUGGAGUCUUUCUUAAGGACACGGAACUCUUUCAGGGACCUGGCACACUUCCCGAGGGCCUGGAGUCCUCCUGCAUCUUAAGGACUGGAGCCCGUGCAGGGCCACAGAGCCCCCUCAGGACCAAGGAGUCCCUCCCAGGGGUGUGGAGCCCUUCCCAGGGUAUGGAACCCUCCCGAGGAUAUGGAUUCCUUCCCCGGGAGACCAAGCCCUCUCAGGGACAUGGCAUCGUUCCUAAGGAAACGGAGUCCAUCCUGGGGAAGCUGAGUCUCCAGAUCUUCCCAGCAGCUCAGCAACUAUGGGCUCAGGCUUCCUUCCCAGAGGCAGCAUCUGGGCUGUGCUGCGCUGGGAGGGGGAUGCAGGACAGAUGGGGCUGGGACUGGGGCUGGGGUGGCUGGUAUCCUGAGUUGAUGCAGGUGGAGUCUGGUGUGUCUCCAAUGAAGUAUUUGCUGGUUC